CAUUUUGCAGCUUGAACAGGAGUUCAUUUGAAUACUUAGCAUCCAACAUAGAUUUUGAAUCUCCAUGGCGAAGAGUGAGGUGAAACUCAUCGGCAAAUAUUCCAGUCCUUAUGCGAUGAGGGUGAAGAUUGCCCUCAACAUCAAAUCCCUUGAAUAUGAACACUUUGAAGAAACCUUGAACCCAAAAAGCGAUUUUCUUCUUCAGUCAAACCCUGUGUAUGGCAAAGUCCCAGUUCUCAUCCAUCACGAUAAACCCAUCUGCGAGUCUUUGGUCAUAAUUGAAUACAUAGAUGAAACAUGGUCCUCUGCUCCUUCCAUCCUUCCCUCUGAUCCUUAUGAUAGAGCUCUUGCUCGAUUUUGGGCUUCUUACAUAGACGAUAAGUGGUUUCCUUCCAUGAAAAGCAUUAUAAUUGUUGAAGGAGAGGAGGAAAGGAAGCCAUACUUUGAGGUGUUGGAAGAAGUGCUUGAGAGGAUGGAGGAUGCUUUUGAGAAAUGCAGCAAAGGGAAGCCCUUUUUUGGUGGAGACAUGAUUGGAUUCCUUGAUAUUGCUUUUGGAUGCUUCCUGGGAUGGCUCAGUGUCAUAGAACAUAGGUAUGAGAGGAAACUUUUGGUAGAAGCAAAGGCUCCUGCUUUGGUUAAAUGGGCUGAGAGAUUUGCUGCUGAUCCUUCUGUUAAGGGUCUUAUACCUGAGACUGAUAAGCUUGUUGAGAUUUCCAAGUCUCUUCAGAUCAAAUGGAGAGCUGCUAUUGGCAAGAAAUAAAAUUUGGUAGUGGGGAGUUGCUUCUGCUAAUCAUGUUGUUCACAUGUAUGAUGAAUUGUGUGAAAAGAAUAAAAUUCAUCGUGGUAUGGCCUUAUGAGUUUAUCUUGUAGUUACCCUUAACUUUCUCCUCCCUUGAGUCUUUUCUUGCCCUCCUAUCAUUUGUAAUCACCUAUGAAGCACGGAUACUUCAAUUUGCUUCACGUAUCCGUAUCCGAUACGUAUCCAACACGAUACUCUUGGAUACUUCACCGAUACGUGUCAAUGAAGUAUCCUAACCUUUAAAAAUAUUAUAAAAUUUUUAUUCAAUUUUGAUACUUAUAGAUACUUCACCGA